AUGAAGUUGCAGAUACAUCGCUCAGGGGUCUUGUCAAGCUCGACACUGACAGAGUUCUUUGCCAGACUCUGACCCCGACAGAGAGCUGCCAUUCAUCCCCGUCCUCCACGGGCGUGUAACGUGCACCCUGGAGCUGUGGACCCGGUCCGUCGGAACCAGAUCCGCUGGAAUCGGUCGACCCCGAGAAACGGGGUGAUGGACCAAUCCAGUACCGUGAGCGCGGCCAACGCCACCCCGUCCGCUGACAUUGUGGUUUUUCCCAACGUGCCCUACCUGGCUGCUGAGCUGGUCAUCGCAGCCCUUUCCACCGCAGGCAACAUCCUGGUCUGCGCAGCGGUGGCCAUGAACAGGAAGCUCCAGUCGGUAACCAACUACUUCCUGGUGUCGCUGGCGGUGGCGGACGUGUGCGUGGGCGCGCUUGCCAUCCCGUGUGCCAUCAUGACCGACCUGGGUAUCCCCCGGCACAACCUCUACCUGUGCCUGCUCAUGCUGUCCGUGCUCAUCAUGCUCACUCAGAGCUCCAUUUUCAGCCUGCUGGCGGUUGCCGUUGAACGUUACAUAGCCAUCCUCUUGCCCUUCCAGUACCACAGCCUGAUGACGCCACGCAACGCAGUGCUGGUCAUCCUCAUCACCUGGAUGCUGGCCUUCCUCAUCGGACUGGUGCCCCUCAUGGGCUGGCACAAGCCUCCGCCCGAAUCCGGCUACUGCUUCUUCGUCCUGGUGGUGGACAUGACCUACAUGGUGUACUUCAACUUCUUCGCUUGUGUCCUAACGCCCCUGCUGGUCAUGUUCGUCAUCUAUGCCCAGAUCUUCCUGACCGUGAAGAAGCAGAUGAGGCGAAUCGCGGCCGACCGGGCACCGGGCGAGGGCCAGGAGAACCGGGCGGCCGACAUGAAAAAGGAAAUGAAGACGGCAACCUCGCUCUUCCUUGUGCUCUUCCUCUUCACCAUCUGCUGGAUCCCGCUACACAUCAUCAACUGCUUCCUCCUCCUGUGCCCCCACUGCUCCGUGCCCCUCCCUCUCCUUCUAACCGCCAUCAUCCUCUCCCACGCCAACUCUGCCGUCAACCCCUUCCUCUACGCCUAUAAGAUGAAAGCUUUCCGGCACACGUUCAAGGCCAUAUUU